UUUUAUUGUCAUGGAGACAAGUGAUCCCAUGGUCAAGAAGAAAUCCGAUCGCGCACCUACCAAUGCACCCGUGGUGUGGAAAGUUCUGGCCAUCGUCUUCAUUUUGAUAAGUUUAGCGUUAAUGAUUGCGUUGAUUGUUGUAGCAACGAAGAAAUCAAAAAGCGAUCGUGAGCCAGCUGAAAAUUCCAAAGGAGAUCAUGUUAUUCAAGUGGAAAACUGUGUAAAUGGAAUGGAUGGCCUUGCUGACCCACCUAAGUCUUCGGGUCUUUUCGACGAUCUAACAAUCGAAGAAAUCACCGCUGUUAGAGCGUAUCUAAUGGAGCAAGCUUCACUUAACCUAACGGAACCUGCCGAAGCAUCGGUCGACAGUAAUUACAUCUACAUGAUACAGUUUCUUCCACCGUCCAAGAAUGAAGCUUUAGAGUAUUUGGACAACAAUGGCACCAAGCCUGAACGGAAAGCUGUGGCGGUGGUAUUUCAUGGCGCUGCCAAUCCCCCGCUUGUCAGAGAAUAUAUAGUCAGCCCUGUUUCCAAACCUACUGGGCACGUCGCAAGAAAGAUUCCUGGUGGGGAGAAAGACUUUGUAACAUUCAAUGCUCGGCCUUUUGAUACUCGCAUGAGAAUGAUAAUGACCUAUGUUGUACAUUAUGCCUCUGCAAAACUCGAUAAGCUGAUGAAAGAGAGUUACGAUGGCUUCUCGUUCACCGGAUGCAAGUCACCUAAGUGUCUUGGAAUUGGUUUUACUUCUCCUAUGGGAUUUACUGCCGAAGAUCGCAUAAGUUGGAUCAAUUUCAAACGUGACAUGACAGGACAUCUUGACUUGUCGAUGUUAGUAGAUUUUGGAGGAGCGGACACGAAAAAAUGGAAAAUACUCAAGGUUCUCUACAAUAAUCAGACAUUUGACUCUGUUGAUGAGUUAGCGGCCAAAUACGAGAACAACACCAUCAACAAGAUUUUUGUUCCUGCACCAAAGGGGAAGGACGCGUUGUUUUCAAGCUAUCAACGUCGGAGAGAUCCACAGCCACCCACACCAAUGAGAGGACCAGAACAGUACGAGCCCGAUGGAAAACGCUAUACCGUUAACGGACGUCAUGUCAGCUACAUGUCUUGGUCCUUCGAUUUCAGAAUGGAUUCCAACAGUGGCAUGCAGAUCUACGAUAUAAAAUUCAACGGAGAGAGAAUUGUUUACGAGCUCAGUCUUCAAGAAGCAGCUGCAACAUAUACAGGUUAUUACCCAGCCGCUUCGUGGAAUAACUUCCUCGAUGGAGGCUGGGGAAUGGGAGCAUACAGCAUGGAGCUGGUUCGUGGUGUGGAUUGUCCCUACUCCGCAACAUUCUUUGACCUGGUGCACAUGUUUGAAAAACCAACGACUGUGCGAAACGCCGUCUGUGUAUUUGAACUAAACACUGGAAUGCCACUUCGCCGACAUUAUGAUAACAACUUUUACAAUGGUUAUAAAUUCUACGGAGGAAUGACCAACCAAGUUUUAGUUCUGCGUUCUGUGGCGACGCUGUAUAACUAUGACUACGUGUUUGACUUCUUAUUUUACCAAAAUGGUGUCAUUGAAGUUAAAAUGUCAGCCUCUGGGUACGUCUAUGGAGCAUUCUAUGACUCCAACAUGGACCCUUACGCAUACCCCCUCCACAAGGAUUUCACAAGUGGUACACACGAUCACCUUAUCAAUUAUAAAGUAGACUUGGACAUUGGUGGGCGUAAGAACUCUUUCGAGACCAUUGAAAUUGGAAUCGAAAACAUCACUGAGCGAUGGUUUCCCGAUAGACGACGUGUUCAGAAAGUUCUGAAACGCGAUGUGAAGAAAACAGAAAUGGAUGCCGCUUACAAGUUUGACUUUGACCAUCCAAUGUACCUAAACUUCUUCAAUGAAAAGAAGAAAAACCGAAUGGGUGUGAAAAAAGGAUACCGCAUCCAACUGGACAACAUGUUGAAGCAGUUGUACCCAGAAGACUGGAUGAUCACACCGAUGUUGAGCUGGUCCCUCUACCAAAUGGCUGUCACCAAAUACAAAGAGAAUGAGACACAGAGCAGCUCUAUAUAUAACCAACAGUCACCGACAAAUUCCCAGGUUGAUUUCCGUAAUUACCUCGUGGAUGACGAUCCCAUUGUCAAUGAGGACCUGGUUUCCUGGGUAACAAUAGGGGCGAUGCACGUGCCUCAUUCAGAAGACUUGCCUAACACCGCUACGGCUGCCAACUCCGCCAGCUUCUUCAUAAGACCUUUCAACUACUUUGACGAGGAUCCUUCCAUCGGAUCUACCAACGCCAUUUUGAUCAAACCCAUAGAGCCGUAUUAUUUCACUGGGCAGAUAGUGGAGCGAUAUGGCACUCCUGUGGGACCACAAUGCAUCCCCAAGGACUAUAAAAUUGACUUUAAUGGAACUUACCUUUAUGGAUAGAUGGGUUAUUUUGAGUUAUUUCGAACACUUCCGUUCCGUUCGAUCUCGGACGCUAUCGUCUUCUUUCGGACGCCAAAGACCAUUUUUGUACCCUAUUACCUGAAUGGUAACUGUUCGUUUCGCCUUCAAGUCGUUUCGCUAAAGACCAUGCCAAUUCGCUAACGUCUCAUGUCGUUUCGCUAACAUCUCAGGUCGUUUCGUUAACGUAUUACGAAACGAUAAGUGAUUCUAUCGGCAGAACUUGAUCGAUUUCUAAUCGGCCAAAAAGUCGGAGGGAGCUAGUUCGUUUCCAUGCAAACUGAAAGUCGAUUUGAUACAAGCAAGAGAUUAUGUCUUGAUACAAGUCGGUUCAAGACAAAAUGAAGUCGAAGAAAAUGCAUGUACAUGUAGUGAUCAUUGCGACUUCGACCAAUCAAUACGGUCUAUCAUCGGCCGAUCUUACGCGGUAUUGCUGUACAGCAUUUCAUUUGUCGCUACUUCAAAGAAAACAAAACUGAAUACAAACGGAAGUGAAAUAACCUCAAACGUUAGUGAAACGACCUUUGAGACGUUAGCGAAACGACUUAAGAGGGUAGGGAAUUGGUCAUAAGCGAAACAACCCGUAGGCGAGACGACUGCAAACCAUCUGAACUGCAAACGAUUCCGUCCGAUUUCGAACGAUUGCAUUUGAUUUCGGAUAGUUCUGCUCUAACUUGAUUUUUUUUUUUUAUUAUUGUAGUUGACACUUAGUGAGAUAUGUAGAGCUGGUUUUUUGUCAGAUAACGUAAAUUCAUAAAAUUUCUCAUUGAUAACACAUGCAUGUUUGUUUGGCAUACCGCUGAACUGUUUUUCCUCUCCUCUGCGACCUGUUUGUUCUGUAUUGCUGACCUGUUUACACGGUAAAUCAAUCUGACUAGAUAUUGUCAGAGAAUUCAGUGUGUAGCGCUGAAAUGUAGGUUUUAUACAAUGUGAGUUUAGCUCUCAGUUCCUAUAUAUGUAGCGACCGUCUGUCCAGUUUCUCAAUGGAAU